UUUUGGUUCAGUGCUCUCAGGCUGUAGUUGCCACGGUGGUGUCCAAACAUGCAGGCCUAUAUGUGAUAGAGUAUGAGUGUGAUAGAGUGAUUGUGGAUGGGAACACAAUAGGGACAUAUUACAACACCAUCAUGAGAUUUAUUACAUAUGCAGCAUUUAAAGUUUCACAUUAACAUUUAGACUAUAGAUCCAAUGUCAAGCCUUCAAAUAUCAAUAGCAUUACCAAGUCAAGAGUCAAGUCAAGAAACUUUUAUUGUCAUUUCAACCAUAUAUAGCUGUUGCAGUACACAAUGAAAUGAGACAAUGUUUCUCCAGAACCAGGGUGCUACAGUACAUAAAAGCAAAAGGCAGAGCUAAGGACUAGCAAGUAAGUCUUAGCCACAUAAAGUGCAACUGUGCAACCUGGUACAAACAGUGCAGGACAAGGCAGACAAGACAGUGCAGGACAAAAGAUGCUGCAGACAAAAAAUUACAAAACAGUGACAAAAGACAAUACACAAAAGACAGUAGAAACAGUGCCAUACAGUGUAAAUACUGUAUGUUCAAACAAUAUUGUGUGUUCAGAAAUACUAGAAUGUUAUAGCAGCAAUUGAAUCUGGAGUGGCCUCUGCAUGCUGCUGCAUGUUACCACAACCAAACAUUCACAGUUUUCACUCUUUGUUUUACUUUGUUUUCAUUCAUUCAUUCAUUCAUUCAUCCAUCCAUCCAUCCAUCCAUUCAUUCAUUCAUUCAGUUUCUGCAACCAAUUUAUCUUUGUCAUAGUUACAACCGGAACUUGGAAUACUGAGCACAAAGCUGGGAUGGGAAACCAGUAUACACACACAUUCACAUGCUUGUUCACACAUGGCAAGUUAGCAUAGUCAAUCCACUUUCCAGUUCGAAAAAUCUGAGAAUACAUAUUGAUAGGUUUGAUAGGUUUAAAUUAGUUCAUAAUAAAAAUGCACUGCAAUUGGAUUUGAUGUUGAUAAAUAUAUGCAAUAUACAUAGCAGACACAUGCAUUUGAUUGUGAAUAAAAAGCUGUUCAUUAUUUUCAGUGUUUUAUAAUUUUUUAUUUAUAUUCAUCUUCAGACUUUCUUUAUUUACUGUUUUCUGUGUUGGUUUCCUGGAACAUUCUUGGCAGAUUGUGGCAGUGUACAAAGAGAAAUUUUAAUCUUCAAUAGCAGUUUAUCUAUCUGAGAACAAAUGGGGGUUUUGGUGUGUUCCUGUGGCUUUGGGAAUUGACUAAGCUUUAUCAGACACUUUGUCUCUAAUGGAGCAGAGGAACUAUGGGACACGAAAGAGCAGGAUCCCAGCUUUUAUUCGCAGUGGCUACACAAGUCGUCUCACAGAGGAAACCUGUGACACAUCAAAGUCACUGCGUGAACAGGACGCUAAGGACUUCAACAGAGAGGGUGGUGCUAGCAGAAAAACUGUUACCAUGGCACCUACUUCUAGGUACAUGACAGGCAGGAGCUUGUACAAGGCCCGAAAGCCACUGAUCUCAACAGAGCACCAGAUUUCAAUCCUAAAGAAUCCUCUCACACAUGAGUACUCAGAAAGGGGCCAGUUGAGUAAUUCCAAAAAUCGUCAAUCACAAGGAGGGACAGGUUCUAACAUUUUGGAUAGCACAAGUGAUCCCCAGAUCACUGCAUCUUCUCUUUCAUCAACCAGGGAAGAAAUGUGUGCUUCCUUGAAUUUGUCAGAGCUCAGGCUAUGUUCUCCUCAUGGGGAACCUAAUUUCAGCCCUGUUCAUUCAGCAAAUAUAGUUGAAAGUAGGAGCCUUUGUAGUUCCCCUUUAGAUGAUUUGAGCCUUACAGCCUCAUUAAGUCCAAAGUGGACUUCCACCCAGCGUUGUUUUCCUCAUUUAUACAAUUCCCAAACUUGUAUAUCUAAAAGUACAAACACAAGAGCAUACAAGAAAGAGAGACAUUCCCUAUCUGACACUGGCUUCUCAGUGAGUAACAGCAAGAGAUACUUAUCUGAGCCUAAACAAAUGUCCCACUAUCAAAACAAUUACUGGGCCUGUGCUAUCCCCAGUACCUUACCACCUUCUCCAGACCGUAGGUCUCCCAGCUGGGACCCUGACAAGGAGUAUCUGACCCUCCUGGAUUACACAUACCCUCUAAGGCCCAACAGGACCAAUGCCUGGAGUUCAAACAAACACAGGAUGCAAACUGAUCAACCUUUACAAGACUCUGGUAUUGAAGUGGACAGUUUUCUAAGUUCUUCUAGUCUUUCUUUUUUGGACCAGCCUCUUUCUGUAUUGAGACAGGAUAGAUCUGAUCAAACUUAUAAUCAAACAUUUGGAUUUCAGUGUCCAAAUCUGAGGAAAUUGGCAGAUUCCAAGUCAUCAGGUAUCAGGGCAUCUGGAAGUAUGGAUUCCUUAAUAGAGCAGGUGGGUUUAUCAUUGGAAAGUCUGGAUUGUGGGAAAGACAACUUUUAUUAUAAGAAAUCUGGCAUCAUUUCUGCAUCCAGGUCAGCCCCAACCUUUAUCAGGUCCACAAGCAUCUUACCCCAUGUGGGGUCUCUCGGUGAUUGGGAUGAGGAGUUUCUCCACUUGCCUGAAAAGCUACAGGAGAUUCAGGAUCUUUCUCAAAAAUUAAAAGACAUUACAACACAGAUAAGUCAACCAGUCAACAAAAACUGGGAGCCUCUGAAGAGGGAGAGUGCGUCUUCAUUAGUACAGGUGGAUAAACUGGCAGCUGAGGCCACUUGUGUGCAAGGGUCUACUGAAGAUGUUCCUCUCACUGUGCAGAUGGAAGGACUGGAUACUAGACUACAGGCAGCCAGCCAUCAAGUGAUUGAUGUGAAAGCCAUUGUAGAUCAGCUGAGUGGAAUGUCUUCAUACGAGUUAAAGAGGAAGAUGGAGACUGAUGAUGGGGUGGAAGAGACCCAGGUUUCCCUCUUGCAGCACUUACAACUGUUCUGCUCAAAUUUACAAAAACUGACUCAGUGGUUGCACAAGGUGGUACAGAAGAUGGAUGUCCUUUCCCCUCCUUCAGUCGACAUUGAGAGUGUUAAAACCUCUCUAGCUGAUUAUAAGAGUUUUCAGGAGGAAGUCCAAGCCCACAGGCCACUUACUACAGCUGUCCUCCACACUGGAGAGAUUCUUUUGUGCUGUAUGAACUCAGCCUCUCCUUUUCUGAAGGACACAUUGAUGCUUAUAGAGAGGCAGUCCCAUGUGUUGGAGACUCAUUCAGAUCACCUUUUCAACUCAAUCUUAUCCACCAUGGACUGUCUCACUGAACCAAACUCUCAGCACAACACUGAAGAGACAUCAUUCAGCAGUCAGGAUAAGAGUACAGUACAGUAGAGUACAAUGUACUAGUGUGCUCAGUUACAUGUCUUUCAGGACUUUUACAUACAGGUGCUACAGUUGUGUAAGAAAUCUGAAGCAAAGCCGUGAUUCGAGGUUGAUAAUCUAUUUAAUUCUGGUCAGUUAUUGUACAGUAUUGGUUAAUAACAGGUCACUAUUAGUAUCAUGCUUUGACAUUUACAUUUAUGGUUAUGUUGUGCAUUACUUUUAAACUUUAUGUAACUCUAUUAUGCUAUACUUUAAAGACACUUGUAUUGCAUGUCAACCACAGAUGCACUUUUAAUUUUGCACAUUCACUUUGGACAUGUUCAGUUACUGUACAUGUACUGUAUGUUGCUGUUAUAGUGCUAAAAAGGUCACUCAGCGUCAUAAUAGUAUUAUUUUGCAACACUGUUACACUGAAAUGCUCUCGUGUCCUGGCAGACAACAUGAUCUCAGGUUAUUAGGGCUAUUCAUUAAGUUUUAAUAAGAGCUUACUGAUCCUCAAUAGCAGCCCUGCAGCUUUAAUUUCUACCUGAGCAGGUUACACAGUACACUUCUGUCCAGGCUGCUCAGUGGAUGCCUUUUUAAGCACCAUGAUUUAAGCCCUAUAUACUGUUAUGUAUAGUAAAAAAAGAGUACAGUAAGGUUUUCAAACACUCCAUGUUAAAAUAAAGAAUCUAUUUUUGGAUUAUAAACUAAUAAAAAUCUUUGGUUGUGUUUUUUUUUUGUUAACAAGUAAAUAAAUUUUGUACAACCUA